CCGUGAUCUUGAAACGUCGCCAUUAUUGCCAUGCCGUCGGAUGCCAAAGAGAGCAAGGAUUCCCAUUCCAGUGGGGAUGCCAAGCGCGGUCGAGCUGCAUUCGAUGUAGACGAUGAGACGGUAUUAGCGGACGAUGCCAAGAAGCCGCCGAUGCGUGCAAGUAUCGGAUGGGGUAACGAGACGACACUGGCCAGUGAGAGCAAGGAAGGUGGCGGGACUCCAGAUCCCGAUGUGACUCCUGCUACUGGAUCUUCCACGAGCGAGACCAAGCGCGGAGGUCGACGCCGCAAAGGGUCUGAAGCUCCGGCUUCUGGCGGCGAGAGACGUAACCAGAAGAGCCGCUACUUUGAAGAGGACGACGAGACUACCGAUAUCAUGGAGAUCCCGGAUCUAGAAGAAGAAGAGCGCGAGCAGGACAUCACAACAAUGGUCGCUGAGGCUCCUCGCAACACGACGCGAGUGGUCCAGAGCCUAAAGCAGCUCGACAAGGAGAUCAAAUUCGCUCUCCCAAGUGCACAGGCCCACGGAAUCGACUUGCACCUCUUAACUAGCGCUCUUUGUCCUGAACGCGCUGUAGCGGAAGAAGACGAGCCCUGGGACUUUGACACUUUGCUUAACGACAUCGCUCAAGAGAUCCAGAAAGACUUGGACGAGAAGGAAGAAUUCGUACGUCUCGGCUCCCAAGAAUCUCUCCAUCCAUAA